UGGAAAUAAGGCACUCCAGAAUCACACGCUUGUGACUUCACAUUUCACUUAGGAAAGAAAACAAGAAAAUAAGAGGGGCUUCAAAAAUUAGUUAUACGAGUAACUCGCCUAUAACGAUUUGAGUUAAUGAUUCUACGUAAAUCCUCCCUUGCAAUGCGUCCUGUUCUGCAUGACUUGACACAAAUCACGACCAUUAUGAUUUUGUCAACAUGAUACUAUUUUUGUGCCGUUUUCAUGAUACCGGCAAUACAUCACAGACAAUAAUCCUAAUAUGAUUCACUAACCCGAGAGUCAUAUCGUGCAUACAAACUUUUCUGCACUUUAUAUAUCUCCAACAGACCUUUAUUCAAGGCAGCACAUAUAGGCUUUUCAGAUUUGUCCCUCUUUAUGCAUUACCCAGCAGACUUUCACAGUAAUUACAGACAUACUCGUGAUCAGCUGUCAAGGAACAUACAGUUGCAUUCCCUUCCACUUGCUUAGCGUCUUCCUUCAGUCAUAAAUCUUCUAAUGUGGUGAAAAUCAGUUAGGUUUUAUAAAGGCAGUCAGCAGAUCACAGGACUUAAGAUUGAAGAAGGUACAGCACGGUGGAAGUGAAUGCGACAACUGAGAGAUAAAAACUAAUCAAAAGUGGACAGGGGCAGUGGACGGAGUAUUAUAUUAUAGUCAUUCCUGAGACAACCGUUUCUUUUCAACGAUUUCAUUUUUGUACUUGUAGCGCCGUUCGAUCUAUUGCAGCGAGAUGGCCCUCAAAUCUAAAGAUAAAUUCGUAUAUGUACAUGUUACAUCAUACAUAAUUUAUCAAUAAUUGUAAAUUCAGUCUGAAAUUAUGUAACAUCUGUGUGUGUUUUUAUGAUACCAAUCUCUGCGACUAUAAUUACACAACAUGUGUUUACAUAAUGUGUGUGUGUGUGUGUAUGUGUGUGUGUGACCUUGAAUAAACGAUGUCACAAGUGUCGGAGCUCUCGCCAGCACACACAGGCCGUGUCAGUGAGGCACCAACGGGCACAUAGUGAGUGGGGCCCCCUGCACUGGAGAGGCGACACCGACCUAACAAAAUAUUAAGCUGUCUGCAAUAUGGCCACCCGAUGGGGCGUCAUCAGCGCGGGGAGAAUAAGCAACGACUUCGUGUCAGCGAUGCAAGUUCUGCCAAAGGAGGAGCAUCAGGUGGCAGCCGUGGCCGCGCGCUCCCUGCAGGACGCCAAGAACUUCGCUACCAAGUAUGGCAUCGAGAAGGCUUACGGGUCGUACAGCGAGGUGGCCAAGGAUCCCAACGUGGACGCGGUGUACGUCGGAAACAUCCAGACCUACCACCUGCCAGUGGCCACUGAGAUGCUGAAGGCGGGGAAAGCAGUGCUGUGCGAGAAGCCGCUGUGCAUGAACGUCAGGGAGACCCGAGAAUUAGUGCAGACGGCGCGGGAGUGUGGCGUCUUUCUGAUGGAGGGUGUGUGGUCCAGGUUCUUCCCAGCAUACCAGGAGCUCUCCCGCAGGCUGCAAGACGGUGAAAUUGGCGAGGUGGUGCAGGUCACGUCGUCCAUUGGAUACAAUCUGAGUAAUUUGCCCAGACUUCAAGAUCUGGAGAUAGGAGGCGGCACAAUGCUGAAUAUCGGCACCUAUCCCAUACAAAUUGCUUCCCUGGCCAUGAAUGGAGAGAAGCCAGUGCAAGUGUUCGCCGCGGCUCAACUCAGCAACAAGGGCACAGAUCAGACAACCAGCGCCUGCCUCGUGUACUCUAAGGGGCGUGUGGCUAUGGUGUCCACGUCUAUUUCUGUCAACUUACCUUCCGAGGCGUUCAUAGUUGGCACAAAGGGUAUUAUUAAGAUUCCUAAGCUCUUUUGGUGCCCUGAAAUAAUUGAGGGUCCGUGGGGCAGAUCUUUACAUGCGUUACCCAAAACAUCCUACAAAUUCAACUGUACGAACAGCCAGGGACUGAUAUACGAGGCGAUGGAGGUGCGCCGGUGCCUCAAGGAAGGGCUGCUGGAGAGCCCCGGGAUGUCCCUCGCUGAGUCUAUCACUCUAGCGGAGAUCACAGAGGAGAUUCGUAAGCAGGUGGGGGUCGUGUAUCCUCAGGACCAGGUACAUUUCUAGCUACUGAAAAGACCAUGAUUAAAAUCAGUUUGCCGAAGGCUUCUGCAAGUUAGGUUCCCCUGAUCUUUUUCCACGAUCUGUCUGUUGUGUUGCAAAUAAAAACAAAUAGAUAGCAAAUGUAGUAUGGUAUUAGCAAAUGCAAAGUAGUUUGCGUUGGCGAAGGAAAUCCAUUCUAACAGGUACACAAUAGGAAAUGAUGCUCUAGUAAGAUUGUGAAAAGAUUCAUGAGUAUUAGUUAGCUCAAAUGCUCGUCUAGAAUCAGAAUUAGUCGUUAAGUAAUACUUCCUAGGUAAUAUUGAAGUUAUGUUUGGUACUGGUCAGACGUGUGUGUGUGUGUGUGUGUGUGUGUGUGUACCACUGUGUUCACUGUGGCCGUCGGUGUGAGGCAGGGCUCACCUACUAGUUGCCUAUUGUUUAUACUAUACGUGAAUGACUUAAUUAAACUAAUUAAAGAAAACUGUCCGGAUGACGGCUUUUUAAAGUGGCUCCAUCUUCUCAUGUUGAUGGACGGCACAGUUUUACUUUCCACAACUCAAGCCAGAGUGAAAGAGAAACUUUCUUUAAUGAAACAGUAUUGUGAUGCAUAUAACGUGAGAGUGAACUUAGCAAAAACUAAAUUUUUCGUGGUGAGUGGUGCGGCAGCGGGUAGGGAGCCAAUAAUCGUGGAUGACCUGAUAAUGGAAUGGUGCGUUAUGUAUGUGUACCUGGGAUCCCCAUUUACACUUGAUGGAUCAGUUUUCUCCGUUGUUAAGGCACAUGCAGCGAGAAAAUGAAAGAUAUUAAAUAAGUUCAUUUUAUCUGUUAAGAAAAAUAGCGAUGUACCCUUUUUAGUAAAAAAAAAAAAAAAAACGUAUCUUUGACGCAUGCCUCAUGUCAUCAUUAUUAUGCGGUUGUGAGUCCUGGCUUAAUGCGGAUUUAAUAAACUGUCAAUAAACUGUACCACUGGACUUCGAAGAGCCUCCUUGAUGUCAGGGGAAGCACGUGUAAUGACAUUUGUUAAUUAGAGUCGGGAUGUCGUCCAUUAACAGCGCUUGUUAAGAAAAGGCAAAGGGACUUUUUUCAAAGUAAAUGAGAAGAAAGGGAGGCUAUGAACGAUGAUCCAUUUGUCUUUGCAGUUAAAUCCGUACUCAGUACUAGAAUGAACACGAGGCCACACGUAACACACUUGCUACACGAGAACCCCGAUGACAUCCAAAUAGGGUGGGAUGAAUUAAAAAUAAUGUACUUGAUUCCAUAUCAUCAAGGGGAUUAACAUAUAGGACUAUAAUGAACCCCAGUCUGGAAGUACAUCCCAUAUAUGUAACUAAACAUAAUAUAAGUAAACGUCACAGGGUAGCAUUUACUCGGUUUCGUGUCUCGGCGCACUCUCUGGCACUGGAGGUAGGCAGGUGGAGUAGGAGGGGGUUAGGCCAGCUCCCACUGGCAGAGAGGCUGUGUGUUUGUGGUGACGUACAGACCGAGGUGCAUGUGAUCGAGAGCUGCCCUUUGACGCAGCACAUACGAGACACAUUUAGCUUGUCAUCUAUUAAUUACGAGUAUAUGUUCUCUGCAAAUCACGAUAACAGCCUUGUAUGCACUAUCAUCUGGCAGGUUUUAGAAAUUUACAAAGAUUGAGUGUUAGGAAUAUCCAUCAUUUUAUACUUAACUAUUGUUUCAGUCAAAUGUUCUAUUUUUCUUCAGAUGAUUUAUUAGCUAUUUAGGUAGUUUCUUAUUGUAUAUCUUUAUUAUUUGUAUUCCAUUUUACCACUGAACUGUAUUUUUUAUAUUCUUUUACCGUAUUGUAUUGUAUUUCAGUACUAUAUUGUUUUUUUUUUGUGUUUUGUUAACGUAGUGUAUUGCCUUGCAUUUUAUUACUGUACUGCUUUUAUAUUCAUCUAUCGUAGCGUAUUGCAUGAUAUUCUUCUAUAAUAUUGUAUCUCUGUAUUCUUUUAUCGUAAUGUAUUGUAUAGAAACAUUGCAUUAUUGUAUUUUGAAUUCUUUUAAAUCCUAUUUUUAGUUUUUGUUUUAGUGUCUGCUAUUUUGUAGCGGACCGACAGCGUCAUUGCUUAUUGGAUAUAUAAUAUGUCAAGCUUUGUAAUUUUAUGAUUCUGUUGUGGUCAAUAAAAUAAUAAUAAUAAUAAUAAUAAUGUGUGUGUGUGUGUGUGUGUGUGUGUGUGUGUGUGUGUGUGUGUGUGUGUGUGUGUGUGUGUGAAGGAAUUUUUAGAUGUAUAUUAAAUACAGUAUGGAAACCUUAUGUAAAUGCAAAAUAUCCGACCGUUCACUGAUCGGUUGAUUAAUAAAACGCAGGAAAUAUAAUUCAGGUGAGUUAAACAGGUUCUUAGUUCCACACUUCAUAUUGCACAGAUAGUACAUAGUGACACGACCGAAACAAAUGAAAAAUUUAUUUUAAUAUGCGUCGAAAAUCAUACAUGCAUUUAUGGAGCUUGUGAAAAUUUGCUGUAAUAGGAAAUGAUAUAAUGAUACUUAUUUCGGGAAACAAUUGGUCUUUGUGACAGUGACAACUGAAAAAAAAACCUUAAGUGGUUUAAUGAAGGCAUAGAAGAGUAAAAAAUACAUACCAACUAAAGAAUGCGUUCUUUUACUUGAAUAUUUACACAAAGGGAACAAAUAGUACUAAAACAUUCACUCCACUUGAUCGAGAUGGAACUGAGAGAUUAACUGAUGUGCACCUCGGGGAUGUGAAUGUCUGGGGUGAACCUAUUG